CUGUUUCUAGAGUGGGCUGUGAUGAAGAGCAGGGACUGGCGGAGUAGCAGCUUAGGGGGUGUGCGGGAAUCAGCGAAUGAAAUGAGACAGCUCCCACUGACAAAGAAAGAGGAUACAUCUUCAGAUGUGAGAGAGAAUUUUGACUAUUUCCAUGAACUGAGGAUGCAGGAAAGAGAAGGUCCACUUAACGAAGGGGAAAAUUCCAGCUUUUUACAGGAUGAGACCUUUGUACUGCAAGACAUAUAUCAAGGAAAGAAGAGGAACGAGCGCACUGCAAGCAGGGAAGAUGUUCCCCAAAACUCAGUCACUUCUAACAAAAAGCAACUAUAUAAAUGUCAGGAGUGUGGAAAAGGCUUUGGGGACAAAAACAGCAUAACAACUCAUCAAAUAAUUCACACAGGGAAGAAACCAUAUAAAUGUCUAGAGUGUGGGAAAAGCUUCACUCAGAGUAACAAACUUACUUCCCAUUCAAGAAUCCACACAGGAGAGAAACCAUACAAAUGCCUGGAGUGCGGGAAAAGCUUCACUCGGAAAGACAGUUUAACCUCCCACCGAAGAAUUCAUACAGAGCAGAAACCAUAUACAUGUCUGGAUUGUGGGAAAGGCUUUGCUCAGAGUUCUAAUUUUAUUUCCCAUCAAGGGAUUCACAAUGGGGAGAAACCAUACACAUGUCUGGACUGUGGAAAAAGCUUCAGUUGGAGAGAAAGUCUAACUUCCCACCAAAAAACUCACACUGGGGAGAAACCAUUUAAAUGCUUGGACUGUGGAAAAAGCUUUGCUCAGAGUUCCAAUUUUACUUCCCAUCGAAGGAUUCACACUGGGGAGAAACCAUAUACAUGCCUGGAGUGUGGGAAAAGCUUCUCGACAGACAAACUUAUAUCCCAUCAAAGAAUCCACACAGGGGAGAAACCAUAUAAAUGUCUGGAGUGUGGAAAAAGCUUCAGUCGGCGAGACAAACUUAUUUCCCAUCAAAGAGUCCACACAGGGGAGAAACCAUAUACAUGUCUGGAGUGCGGGAAAAGCUUCACUCGGAGAGAUAAACUUAUUUCCCAUCAAGGGAGCCACACUGGGGAGAAACCUUAUAAAUGUCUGGAGUGUGGAAAAAGCUUCAGUUGGAGAGAGAGUCUAACAUCCCAUCAAAGAAUUCACACUGGGGAGAAACCAUUUAAAUGCCUGGACUGUGGAAAAAGCUUUGCUCAGAGUUCCAAUCUUACUUUCCAUCGAAGGACUCACACUGGGGAGAAACCAUAUACAUGCCUGGAGUGUGGAAAAAGCUUCCCUCGGACAGACAAACUUAUUUCCCAUCAAAGAAUCCACACAGGGGAGAAACCAUAUAAAUGCCUGGAGUGUGGGAAAAGCUUUAGUUGGAGAGAGUAUCUAACUUGCCAUCAAAGAAUCCACACAGGGGAGAAACCAUUUAAAUGUCUGGAGUGUGGGAAAGGCUUCAGAUGGAGAGUGAGUCUUACUUCCCAUCAAUGGAUUCAUACUGGGAAGAAACCGUAUACAUGCCUGGAGUGUGGAAAAAGCUUUGCUGUUUUUGAAAGCCUUACUUCUCACCAAAGGAUUCACACAGGGGACAAACCAUUUAAAUGUCAACAGUGCGGGAAAAGCUUCGGUUAUCGUACAAGCCUUAUCUACCAUCAAAGAAUUCACACAGGAAAGAAGCCAUAUAAAUGCCUGGAGUGUGGGAAAAGCUUCAGAUGGAGAGUGAGUCUUACUUCCCAUCAAUGGAUUCAUACUGGGGAGAAACCAUAUAAAUGCCAAGAGUGUGGGAAAAGCUUCAGUUGGAGAGAGAGUCUGAUUUCCCAUCAAAGAAGCCACACAAGGGAGAAAUCAUAUAAAUGCCUGGAGUGUGGGAAAAGCUUCAGGUGCAGAGCGAGUCUUACUUCCCAUCAAUGGAUUCAUACUGGGGAGAAACCAUUUACAUGCCUGAAUUGUGGAAAAAGCUUUGCUGUUCAUGAAAGCCUUACUUCUCAUCAAAGGAUUCACACAGAGGAGAAACCAUUUAAAUGCCAAGAGUGUGGGAAAAGCUUCGGUUAUCGUACAAGUCUUCUCUACCAUCGAAGAAUUCACACAGGGGAGAAACCAUAUAGAUGCCUGGAGUGUGGGAAAAGCUUCAGAUGGAGAGUGAGUCUUACUUCCCAUCAAUGGAUUCAUACUGGGAAGAAACCAUAUACGUGCCUGGAGUGUGGAAAAAGCUUUGCUGUUCAUGAAAAGAGUCUAAUUUCCCAUCAAAGAAUUCACACUGGGGAGAAACCUUAUAAAUGCCUAGACUGUGGAAGAACCUUUACCUACAGUACCAGUUUUAUUUCCCAUCAGAGGACACACACUGGGGAGAAACCAUAUACAUGUCUGGACUGUGGGAAAAGUUUUGCUCAGAGGUCCAAUUUUAUGUCCCAUCAAGUGAUUCACACAGGGGAGAAACCAUAUAAAUGCCUGGACUGUGGAAAAAGCUUUGCUCAGAGUCCCACUUUAACUUCCCAUAAAAAAAUCCACACAGGGGAGAAACCAUAUACAUGCCUGGAGUGUGGAAAAAGCUUCAUUCAGAGAGACAAACUUAUUUCCCAUCAAAGAAUUCACACAGGGGAGAAACCAUAUAAAUGUCAGGAGUGUGGGAAAAGCUUCAGUUGGAGAGAGUGUCUAACUUCCCACCAAAAAACUCACACUGGGGAGAAACCAUUUAAAUGCCUGGACUGUGGAAAAAGCUUUGCUCAGCGUUCCAAUUUUACUUCCCAUCAAAGGAUUCAUACUGGGGAGAAACCGUAUACAUGCCUGGAGUGUGGAAAAAGCUUUGCUGUUCAUGGAAGCCUUACUUCCCAUCAAAGAAUUCACACUGGGGAGAAACCUUAUAAAUGUCCGGACUGUGGGAAAAGCUUUACCCACAUUUCCAGUUUUACUUCCCAUCAGAGGACACACACUGGGGAGAAACCAUACACAUGUCUUGACUGUGGGAAAAGCUUUGCUGUUCAUCAAAGACUGACUUCUCAUCAAAGGAUUCACACUGGGGACAAACCAUUUAAAUGCCAAGAGUGUGGGAAAACCUUUGGUCAUUGUUCAAACCUUAUCUACCAUCAAAGAAUUCACACAGGGGAGAAACCAUAUAAAUGCCUGGAGUGUGGGAAAAGUUUCAGUCAUCCUAGAAGCCUUACUUUUCAUCAAAGAAUUCACACAGGGGAGAAGCCAUAUAAAUGCUUGGAAUGUGGAAAAAGCUUUAGAUGGCCUAAGCAGUUUACUUACCACCAAAAAAUUCACACAGGAGAGAAACCAUAGAAACACCUGGGGUAUGUAAAAAGAGGAGGUUCUAAACAGCUUCCGAUACCCCGAAAUCAGACCAAAUUCAAAGAGUAGAUUUGUUGCUAAUCUCUAUGCAAAUGGACAUAUUGAAGGUGAAAUAAAAAAUGGAACACGUAUACAAAGUGGUUGGCAAGAUAACAGAAAUAAAGAACGACAUUAAAGGACUAGCUACUGUCUUUAAAAAAAUUCACAGAGGACCUUGGAGACGAUGGCUGGAGUAAACCAGAAAGAGAUGCAUCAAGCAGAGAAAGUUCUUUUGCUGCAUGUGAAACAGAGGGAAUGUGCAUUAAGGAUACAUGCGAUGCCAGAAAAGGAUGGUGAUCUUAGAAAAGUCUUUAUUCCAGAAUUGGGGAAGUUUAUGUCUCUUUCUGUUGGAGAAAUGAAUCUUAUCGUGGAUACAAACUAUCGUGUAAGGUCAGGCAGCAAAAACUGAGACUCUCCCUCAAGACUGUGUUAUGUAUUUGACAUGAGGAUCACUUAAAGAUGAGAUCCUUCCCAUGCAUCAUAAAAAGAAGAUGCAGUUUCAUGGUCAAGAUUUUUUUAUUUAUACUUUAGAUUUAUUACCCGCCCUCCCCUGGAGGGCUCAGGGCUGCAUACAGCAUAAGAAAUACACAGUAAUUAACAAUUAAUAAUAAUAAUAAUAAUAAUAAUAAUAAUAAUAUAUUAAAACCAACAUUCUAAUACUCUAAUAAAACCAAAGUGAAUUCAAAAUUUAAAAUUCAGAUGGCAAUAAAAACCCUUCCCUCCCACCCCCACCCAAAGCCCAGUAGUAGAGGCCAACCGGACGUGCUUCGGGCCAUGGACUCUCAAUAGGUGCUCCUC